AUGAAUGAAAUGGUUAAUCAAACGAAUGCUCUUUUGUUCAAGGAACUUAUUGCAGAAUCUAUUCGAUUCGAAGAUCUCAACGAAGGCACCAAGAGCUAUUUCAGACACACUACAUCGACGCUGGUCUACAUGAGUAUCUGUCUGACUUGUACCGUAUGGCAGGUCUUGACCGCCGGUGAAUUAGCCUAUAAGGUGCGCAAAUGGCUUCAUUUUGCUGUCCUCUUUGAAACAUUUCUUUCUUUCAUUUCUAUUCUCUGUAGUAUCCUUAACCCAUUAACCGCUCUCAGCUGCGAGUUUAGGUUCUGGGUGUCGAUUAUUUGUGUGAAUUUAGGCGGAUGCUGUAUCCAAACAAUCUUAUUGUAUAAAGCUUAUAUUUGUUAUGAUCGAUCCACGUGGUUACUUUUGUUUGGAUCGUUUAUUAAUUUGGGUUAUAUUGCUUUAACAUUUAUUUACGCUACCUUGGGUAAAGUUCCUACCUACAAAGAUCUCCUAGGCAACUGUGUUAUGCAGAACUUAGAAUGGCCGGCAUUAGCAAAACUAGGUUUGGAUAUUGCCAGCAAUGUAUUUUUAUCGUUUGCAUUCUUGAUGGUGAUUUAUCGUCACUACAAGAUCUUUGGAAAUAGUCUACACAAAUCUUUGUUAUCCAGUGGCAUGAUUUUCUCUGUGGGUGUGAUUCUCUCCAACAUUGUUACAGCGAUAUUGAUUUCUUGUCGUGUGAUGGGUGGAUUAUCCGCCGAUCUAUACUCGUUUGACUGGGUAAUUACAAGCUACCUGUUAAUUAAACAGUUCAAAAUGUCAAAAACAGCCGAAAGCACACGUACAGAUGAAGAAUUUGAAGAGACAGCGACCAAGACGAUGCAGAGUCUGACGUCUAGUUUUGAAAUUCCAGUGUCUCCUUUGGCCAGCAGUACACCGGGUCGUAAAGGAUCACAUCCACUGAGCAGUCGCCACUCUACGGGUGUCAUGUCUGAAACGACUACUGUACAUCCUGGUCAGGAUUAUAUGGAUCAUUUUCCCCUUUCACCCUCUGAUGACCAAAAGCCGUUCCGACCUUAAAGACAGUCACA